CGAUGUGCGUCUCAUAUGGCAUUUAUUGUGUUUAAUGUCAGUUUCCAAAUUAUUCGUGCAUAUCUUUUUGGUUUUUGGUCUAGUCGAAAUUUAAACAACUUUCCAGCUAUGAUUCUAGCCCAUCGAUUCUGCUACUGCAUGUCCCUGCGGGCCGGCUGCUUUAUACUGUCCUUGAUCGCACUUUUGGUGUGCAUUAUGCACAUAUAUAAUUUCAAUACCACAAUGCAAGACAAUGCCCAGAAAAUGAGCAAUGCCUCGUUGAUCUUUCCAGAGGGCAGCACCCAGAUUCUUUUAAGGCUUAUGCCGGAAUUUCUAACAAUUAUUGCCGUGACUUUCCUAUUGAUUUCCCUCAUUUUGGACUUUAUUCAUCUGAUUUUGAUCACACUGACUUUUGAAGUCAUCCAGAUGCUAUAUCAAUUUCUAUAUAGUAUUAUUGCAACAGCAUUGAAAGUUAACGUGACCGUCGAUCUCGGUGUCUAUUCCAGUGCGAUCUAUUGGUGCCUCAUAGUCGGUUGGAUCGUAUUUUCCGCAUAUUUUGUGUAUAUUAUUAUAUCGUAUUACCAGCAAACGUUGGCAUUGAUGCAGCUGGAUAUGUCGUAAAGCCAAAA